AUGUUUGUGGAGUCUGUUGUCCGAUGGGGGGCAUGGAGCAUCUUGCUCCAGUGUGGAUUAUUGGGCGUGUCAGCAGGGGACUUCCCCUGGCCUUGCCCUGCCAGGUGUGUGUGUCGGCUUGAAACUUUAGAAGUGAACUGCUCUGACAAACAGCUGACUUCUGUGUCUGAGGGCUUCGCUAGUGGCACCCAGCACAUUAACUUAUCUCGUAACAAGCUGAAGACGCUGGGUCGUCGCCAGUUCUUUGGCAUGACCCAGCUAGAGGAUCUGGACAUUAGUGACAAUGUCAUUGCCAUGAUUGAAGUGGAGGCUUUCCAGGGCCUGCAGAACCUCAAGACCCUGUGCAUUAGGAGCAAUCACCUCAAGAUCAUCUCUGUGGGUGUCUUCUCCGGACUGCCCAGCCUGCGCUUCCUGGACCUGAGUGAGAACGAGAUCCUAGUCUUUCUGGACUUUACUUUCCGUGAGUUGGUGAGCCUGCACCAGCUGGAGGCUGGGGAGAAUGACCUGGUGUUCAUCUCCCAGCGGGCCUUUACCGGCCUGCAGAACCUGCAGAAGCUCAAUCUGGACCGCAGCAACCUGACCUCCAUCCCCACCGAGGCACUGUCCCAGCUCCAGAGCCUGACUCGGCUGCGCAUGAUCCGCCUCACCAUCUCGGCGCUGCCCAACAAUGCCUUCCGCCGCCUGCAUCGGCUGCGUAGCCUCGUCAUCUCCCACUGGCCCUUGCUGGACACCCUGGCCAGCAACAGCCUGAUUGGCCUCAACCUCACAUCGCUGGUCAUCAGCAGCUGCAAUCUCAGUGCUGUCCCAUACCAGGCGCUGCGCCACCUGGUCUACCUGGGCUACCUGGACCUGUCCUACAACCCCAUCACAGCCAUCAAGGGUAACCUACUGGGGGACCUGUUGCGGCUGCAGGAACUGCACCUGGCUGGGGGCAACUUGCUCCGCAUCGAGCCAGGGGCCUUCAGGGGGCUGGCAUACUUCCGUAUGCUCAACGUGACAUCCAACCAGCUCAGCACACUGGAGGACAGUGCCUUCCACUCGGUGGGGAAUCUGCAGGUUCUGCGGCUGGAUGGGAACCCCCUGGCCUGCGACUGCCGACUACUCUGGGUGGUCCGCCGGCGACAGCGCCUGAACUUUGACGGUCGCCAACCCACCUGCUCCACCCCGGACAUGGUGCGAGAACGGGAAUUCCGGGACUUCUCUGAGAAAGAGCUCCCGAGACUGUUCACCUGCCGGCAGGCCCGCAUUGUAGACCGCAGGUCCCAGGAGGUCAGGGUGGAGGAGGGCACUACGGUGCUCUUCUCCUGCAAGGCAGACGGUGACCCAAUGCCCUCCUUUACCUGGUUGUCGGCCCAGCGGAUUCCGCUCUCCACUACGGGGCGCAUCAGGGUAUUGUCCAAUGGGACUCUAGAGGUACGCUAUGCCCAGGUUCAGGACAGCGGCACAUACCAGUGCACGGCGGGCAACGCAGCUGGCAACGACAGCCUGUACGUCAGCCUCUAUGUGAAGGGUUUCCCACGUAACCGCACCAUGCCCUUUUUCACCGACGAAGGCUGGAUAGAGUCCUCACACGCCCCUACUGCCAACUCCUCUACCCAGGUGGCCAACCAGUACCCGUUUGAUGCCAAGACACUGAUCAUCGCCACCACCAUGGGCUUCCUGUCCUUCCUCAGCUCAGUGGCUAUCUGCUUCGUCUUCAUGUUCUUCUGGAGCCAGAGCAAGGGGCAAAUCAAACACACAGCAACCAUCGACUAUGUACCCCGUACCUCAAUGGGGGUAGGAGGAGGAGGAGGAGGUGGAGGGGAUGCUGGCAAGUUCACCAUGAAGCUUAUCUAA